AAGUCUUAACACUUUGAGUUAUGAAUAAGUUGUAUUUUGUUCAUCUUUUUCAUCAAUUACUACAGCAACUUAUUACAAUUAAUUUUCCAAUUUUCAUAUCUCAAAGUGAAAAUCAUGAAUAAGUUGAUUAUUACAAGUCUUGCACUUUUCUUGUUCACAUAUAUUGUCUCUAAUGUAGCCACUUCCAUAACAAAGAAGCACUAUAUAGUAUAUAUGGGAGAGCACUCUUACCCGGAUUCAGAUUCGGUUAUAUCAUCCAACCAUGAUUUAUUGGCCUCAGUUACUGGCAGUAUUCGUCAAGCGAAAGAAGUAGCAAUUCACCAUUACAGUAAGAGCUUUAGAGGCUUCUCAGCGGUACUUACAGCCGAAGAAGCACAACAACUACGCGAAACAGUAUCAGUUAUUUCAGUUUUUGAAAGUAAGAUUCACCAAAUCCAUACUACUCAUUCUUGGGAUUUCCUUGGGGUCGAUAAUAUUCCACAAAAUAAUGCAAAUACUGAAUCCAAAUCAGACGUGAUCGUUGGCAUCAUUGAUCAUGGAGUUUGGCCUGAGUCAGAGAGCUUCGAUGAUAAAGGACUAGGGCCUGUACCCGAGAGAUUCAAAGGAGAAUGUGUUGCUGGAGAUCAGUUCACAGUUGAGAACUGCAACAGGAAGAUAAUCGGUGCUCGGUUUUACUCUAAAGGAUUUGAACAAGCUGCAGGACCUCUUGAGUCUCAAAAUGAAACGUUUUUCCGGUCCGCACGUGAUAGCAAUGGCCAUGGAACUCAUGUUGCAUCAAUAGUUGCUGGUUCAGUUGUCAAUAAUGCGAGUUUAUUUGGUAUUGCAAGUGGAACUGCAAGGGGUGGCAUGCCGAGUGCCAGACUUGCCAUAUACAAAACGUGUUGGCCAACUGGUUGUAUGGACGCCGACAUUUUAGCAGCUUUUGAUGAUGCCACUAGUGAUGGGGUUGAUAUCAUUUCCAUCUCUCUAAGCUCUUCUCCAGAACUCUUUGAUGAUGCCUUGUCAAUAGGAUCUUUCCAUGCAUUCAAGAAAAAUAUUCUUGUUUCUACUUCAGCGGGAAAUACAGGUGAUUUUACAACAAAAGUCGCUCCUUGGCUCUUAACUGUCGCUGCUAGCUCUAUCGACCGGGAAUUUAAUUCCAACAUCCACCUUGGGAAUUCACUUAUUUUGAAGGGAAACUCUAUAAACCCAUUAAAAAUGGAUAAAUUUUAUCCGGUAAUGUUUGCUGAAGAUGCCGCUGCUGCAGGUGUUAGAGCAGGAAAAGCAAGCUCAUGCAAGAACGGCACUCUAGACCAUAAGUUGAUCAAGGGUAAGAUAGUGGUGUGUAAUGGAGGUGGGGGUGGUAAGGGAGCGCAAGUUUUAAGAGAUGGUGGUGGUGUUGGAAUGAUACUUUUGAUCAACCCUUUAGCUGGAAUAAAUGAUUUCAGCUUGCAAUACGUCAUUCCAACUACUGUUCUUGACACAAAUGAAUUACAAGCUCUUCUUGAUUACGUGGACUUAUCACCGUACCCAACCGCCAGAAUAUCCCCAACGAUGACAAUUCUCAACACCAGUCGUGCACCAAAAAUGGCAGUAUUUUCUUCAGUUGGACCAAAUACUAUCACUCCUCACAUUAUCAAACCUGACAUUACAGCACCUGGUGUGAGGAUAUUGGCAGCAUGGUCUCCAGUAAGUAUUAAAUCGACUGGAGGACGACCCGUUGACUAUAAUGUUAAGUCAGGCACGUCGAUGGCCUGCCCGCAUGCUUCAGGAAUUGCCGCUAUGAUAAAAAGCUACCACCCUUCGUGGAGUCCAUCAGCUAUUAAAUCUGCCAUAAUGACUACAGCUAAUGUGAUGGACGAUACUAAUAGACCCAUAUUGGAAAGUGCAACUGAUUCUCCAGCGUCACCAUUCAACUACGGAUCCGGGCAUGUAAAUCCCAUGGCAGCACUAGAUCCUGGUUUGGUAUAUGAAUAUGACUCCAAUGACAUAAUCGACUUCUUAUGUGCUACUCCUGGCACCAACCCAACACAAAUUGAAAUGCUCGCUGGAACAGAAAUCACUUGUUCAAACCCACCAAUUCCCACUUACAAUUUAAACUAUCCAUCAAUUGGUGUAGCCUUUAAGAACGGAAAAGUAGCGGUUAUAAGAACAGUAACAUAUGUUGGUCAUGGCCCAGCAACUUUCAAAGCUUUUACUCAGAAACCAUAUGGGGUUAAAGUCGCAGUGAAACCAAAUGUGCUCAAGUUCAAAAAAACUGGUGAAAGGAAGUCAUUCCGGGUUCAUUUCAAGCCUUUCAAAACUACUAACAAUACUUUUGUUACCGGAUCCUUAAGUUGGAUAAGUGGUUUAUACAAAGUUACAAGUCCCAUUGCGGUUAACGUAGUAUCAGUCUAAUGAAGGAAGUACUGCAGUAGUUAUUAAACUUACAAUAAGAAGUUUCACUUCAAUUGCAAUGUAGUUCCUUUCCAAAAAAACAGAUUGGUUUUCUUGCAUUUGUUAACCCCUUAUAAUAGGGGAGUGAUUUGUAAUUAGAUUAUGAUUUUUCUUCGGUAAUAAUGCAUGGCUGUGAUUGAGUAUAUCAAA